AUGGUGUAUUGUUGGCUGUGGGCCUCUGCAGCGCUGGCGGCGCUGGGGGCGGCGGCAGAGGUGGUCACAACAACCCGGCAAUUUGAAGUCGACAUCGUCUUUCCGCACAACGAGACAUACAAGCCGGCCGAAACCAUGCCCAUCGUUCUCGCCAUCCAGAACCCCGCCGUCGCGUUAUCCAUUGGGCACUUCAGCGUAUUCUGGACUAUCAGCCAAGUCCAGGGGUGGGAUACGAUUGGGUCCUCUGUGGACUUUGGCGAUUUCCAAGUCUUCAGCAAUCUAACAUCGACCGACCCAACUCUGUUCCUCGUCGGCUUCACCAAUGUCACCGAUUGGAUCCGUUACGGACGUCCAACCCCACCAGCCACCGAGUAUACACCAGGACCCCACGAUCGAUAUCUCUUGCAGUGGAGCAUUGUUUGGACGAGCCUGUUUGGGAACUGCACGAAAUUCGAAUCCUUGGUUGGCGCUGAUCUGCCGUCCGAGGGAGCUGUGGCGUUCAACAUCCAGACAGUGUGGGGGGAGGGAGGCUGGCAGGGGGAGAUCCACGACGUGCAGGAGGGCAUCCCCGAGUGCCCAGAAUUUGGAGGACUCGUCCAGAUCGGCCCGCCCCCGAACGCGACGAAGCCGGCAUGUCCCGGGUUUGAGAUUCUCGAGGGCAGGGAAGGGAACCCCUGUGCCGUCACCAUCGACCAGCCCGCGGCGAGCAGCAUUUGGAGCCGCGUGUCAACCUCCGUGGCGAGUUCCAUGUCAAGGUACCACCCGACCCCAACCACCACCGCUGCUGUGGAGUCUUCAACAAGUAGCGGCGGCGUGGGUCCCGCGCGGACAAUGCAGACGGCGCUCGCGGCCGCCUGCGUCCUUUGCGGCCUGGCAUUGUAA